AUGACCGAAGAAGAAGUACUCGAACCAAAAGUAUUUCAAUGUUCGCUUUGUCCAUUCUAUGCUGCUUAUGAUCGAUACGAUUCGCAAUAUAUUGAUGAUUCCAAUCUUCCGACGACACAAUCAUCCCGGAACAAAAAAGAUCCUUCGUUGACAAUAAAUCUUCUCGAAAAAGUCUAUCUACUUCGCGAUCCAUUUGUUGCCAUCAAAGAAAAGGACAAAGAAGAUCAAUCGAAAUUAUCUUCGGUGAUUCUCGGUGGCUUGUGCUCUGUUUGUUCGUGUCCAGUUUGUGUGCAUUCCGACUGUAGUGUAUUCUAUACACGAAGAUUUUGUUUGAGAUGCGUAGCAAAGUAUCAAGCAGAAUUUCCCAGAGAAAUUCUCGACGAAAUCGGCGGAAAACGGCUAGAAAAAUUCACACAUGAAGCAGAAUGUGAACAAUACGACGAUGACGUAUGA